CCGUAAGCGGGCGCAGGAGCCGCUCGCACCGGGGCCGGCCGCGGACACAGCCCGCCGGAGCAGCGCCCCGGGGCCGGUCAAGAGUCGGCCGGAGAGCCGCCGCUUGCAGCCCUCGCUCAACGCGCCCGGGGACUUCCUCGGCUCGCGGGUCCCGCGCCGCCCGGAGACCAGCCGUGCCCGGCGGGAUGCCCCGGCGGGGGGACCCCCCUGCGCCCCGCCGGGCGCCGCAGCUGGGCUCCUGACUCGGGGAGCGACCGCGGGGAGCCCGGAGCCCAGCUCGCCGUGGAGGGGGAGCCCCAGCGGUGGCGCUGCCAGGGGCGCUGCCUCGCCAGGGCGCAGCAGGUGUUUCCCAGGGGCCUUGCUGAGCCCAGCCGCAAGGGGACCAUGCCCUCCCGGCGGAGCCAGGGGCGAGCUGCGCCCGCCGCCCACUGACGGGCCCCCUCCCUGGGAAAGACCAUGGUAAGGGCUCCCGGGCCGCGGCUGCUCAUCGCUGGGGACUGCCGCGCCCUGGACAGAGCCGCCUCCACGUGAGCCUCCCACCCCUCAUGAUGGACACGGUCUACAUCGCGCUGGAGCUGAUCAUCGCCGUGCUCUCCAUCGCGGGCAACGUCCUGGUGUGCUGGGCCGUGGCCAUCAACAGCACCCUGAAGAACGCCACCAACUACAUCCUGGUGUCGCUGGCCGUGGCCGACAUCGCCGUGGGCUUGCUGGCCAUCCCCUUUGCCAUCACCAUCAGCGUUGGCCUCCGCACGGAUUUCCACAGCUGCCUCUUCUUCGCCUGCUUUGUGCUGGUGCUGACCCAGAGCUCCAUCUUCAGCCUGCUGGCCGUGGCCAUCGACCGGUACCUGGCUAUCAAGGUCCCGCUCAGAUACAAGAGCCUGGUGACCGGGAAACGGGCAAGAUGGCUCAUCGCUGUGCUCUGGCUCCUGUCCUUUGGGAUUGGACUGACCCCACUGAUGGGCUGGAACACAGCCACUACGGGGCAGGAACAGAUUAGCUGCCUGAAUUCUACUAAUAGCUCGCAGACCCAGCAGGGCUGCUUAAUCAGCUGUCUCUUUGAGAAUGUGGUCACCAUGAGCUACAUGGUCUAUUUCAACUUCUUUGGCUGUGUGCUCCUCCCACUCUUCAUCAUGUUGGGCAUCUAUGUCAAGAUAUUCAUGGUGGCCUGCAAGCAGCUGCAGAAGAUGGAGUUGAUGGGUAAGUCCAGGACUACCCUCCAGAAGGAGGUCAAUGCGGCCAAGUCUCUGGCCAUCAUCGUUGGGCUCUUUGCCUUCUGCUGGCUGCCCCUGCACAUCCUGAACUGCUUCACCUACUUCCACCAGGACUUUCGCAACAAGAAGCCUGAUUGGGUGAUGUACAUGGCUAUCAUCCUGUCCCACGCCAACUCGGUCAUCAACCCCAUUAUCUACGCCUACAAGAUCAGGGACUUCCGCUGCACCUUCCGCAAGAUCCUUGCCAAGUACGUCCUCUGCAAAAUGGAGGAUGUCCCCAAGGGCUCCAGUGGCAACAGCCGGCACCUGACUGUCAGCAACCUCAGUUCUGCUCCUGUAUUUAUCUAACCAUGCCAGUCAUCCUGUAGCCUGGCCCUGACCAACCCAACCCUCCCCACCCCUUGUGCCUAUGUGGACAGUAGACCAGGAUUCUGAUGAGUCACACUAUAUAUUUGUACAGCUGUAUUUUUUUUAAUAUAUAUUUUUUUAACCUAGUGCCUCACAGGGGAAUAACAUUUCUGGGGAGGGUAAGCAGGGCCCUGUCUAUCUCCUGACCUUCGGGUUAUGGAGUGCUGGUGAUUGUAUUGCAUUUCCUUCUAGGUCAAAGGUUGAAUGUUGGAAGCCCCGUGUCCUGGGAUGGGUUUCCCCAGCUGUGCUGCUCAUGUCAACUCCUGGCCUUUUGGAUUUUAUUUAUUUAUUUUUUUUUUUGGCUCACUUAGAAGGAUUUUUUGUUGGUGGUUCAUUUUCUACAUACUUGAUGCCACUUUGGUAAAUACCCUAUUUUUUCCAUCAAUUAUUUGAUGCAGCUAGUAUUCUCCCAUGGGAAAUAAUCUUAUGUAGCCCAGAUGCUGGUGUAAAACUGAAGCCCUGACCCAGAGUCAGAAGGGAUCUGCUGGUGUUAAUGGGAAAACAUUAUGGUGAUCCGGGAAAUGGUGAUCUGGCCUCAUUCCUCAAACACUGCCCUGCUCGAAGUCUGACAGUUGAGAGGAGAUAGAGCAGCCUCACAAUCCUGAACUCCCCCCAUUCCAUAGGACUGACUACCCCCCCAUGCUCCAUGGAGUUUAGUAUCCCAGCUCUAGCAGUGAACACCUGCUACUCGACCAAAAAGCCAAACCCUGCUGCUAUUCACAUUGAGGCUGAAUCAGUGGCCACUGAAGUCAAUGAAAAGACUCCACUGAUUCCUGGGCUUUGGGUCAGGUCCAUAGAGCUGGUCCUGUUACCCCUGCAGUCAAGGGCAAAGCUCACACUGCCUUCAGGAGUGCAGGAUCCAACUGGAUGCUGCUCUGUGCGCUCAAGUGCUGCAGCUCCUGUUGGCCCUACGUCUAACCGCUGUUCUGAUGACCGUCAGCCCCAGGGCCAUGCUGCAUUCCCGGUGCACUGUGGGGUGAAUUCAGGAUGUUGAGACGCCUUUCUCCUAGCUAUGGGAGGUUUAUGUCUGUUUAUCUGAAGGUCGUGAGUGGGAUUGUAUUUACCUGUCAAGUUAGAAUGCUCUUGUGCAAACAACGGCCCCAUAGAACAGCACAGCCCUUUGGAACAGGCACUGACAUGAGCACAAGGUUUGUUUCUCGGGUGGUUAGACUGAGUCGAAAAUUGCUACACCCACAGCCCUGGCUCAGGGGCUAAUUUGCACCAUCUUGGCCACUGACUGUUCUAUAAUUCCACUGAAGGGCAGAGAAGCCUUAAUGUGCACUGAGCUUAAUAACUCUCUGUAAGCCUAGCUUUUGGGGUUUUUAAAUGACUAAGCCCUAUUUAAUAUGUGAACUGUGGUACAUACAAUGACACACAGGUGGGGAGAACUAUGGGGCGUUUGCUCCAAAGGGGUUGAAUGUGUUGACGCUGUCAUUGAAGGUGCAAAGAGCAGCAGUGUAUACCUGGUAUGCCCUGUGGGGGGGCCUUUUGUUCUAAGGGGGCUCAAAAAUUCCAGUAAAACUAGUCCCCUUCUCUCCCCAGAAUCUGACUUUAACAGGUAGAGCCUCAAGCCUACAGCUGUGAGAGUGUAUGGCACUGACAGGGAGAGCACAAAUGGCAAAAGGGCCAGAUUUCCUACCAGACUCCAGAUGGUCCAUUAAAAAUUAUACCCAGUAACAGUGCUAAUGGAAAGAAGGAACUGGUUUGUUACAAGGCAAACCACUGGCUAGGUCUGGAAACUACAGGCUUACGCAAGGGCUGGGUAUCCACCUUGGUGCUGCAACCCUUUUCUAAACUGGAGCCUUAGGAGAAGGUUCUUAAAGUGCCAGUGAAGUGGCAAAUUUAAUCUCUGAACCAUUUGGUACCUUGACAUGUGACCACCAGAGAGCUGUAGUUCAUGCCUGUGUAUUUAAUAUGGUCUCCGCUGGGCAGCUCUCACAUGCACAGCCCAUGCUCAGAGACAGGGAUGGGAAUGCAGGUUCUCAGAGCUGCCCCUCUGUGCCCGGGGGGAGUCUGUUGGGAAGGAAGUGCUAUCAACCUGAGCGGCAGAAAUGGAAGCCAAAGCCCUCUCCUGCCAUUCUUCGCAAUGUGGUUGCUGUGAAGAGGGCACGUAUGGGAAGGCUAGAGCUGUCUGUCAUUAGUACUUUAAUAAUACUGUAGCCAGCUUUGUUUCUUUGAGUUUAUUUUGUA